ACCCCUUUCCCUCCUCCUCCUCCUCCUCCUCCUCAGCUUCUGUUUCUACCCCCGUCCCCGUUCCCCCUCCCUCACCCCCCCGUUCGCGGCGCCCAUGUCGCGGGCGGGGGGCGAUGGCACCGCCGCGCUGGAGCGGGCCGGGGCGGACACGGUGAAGCGGGCGGUGGAGCUGGACCUGGCGUCUCGGUUCCAGGAGUCGCUGGUGUGUUACCAGGAGGGCAUCGACCUCCUGCUGCAGGUGGUGAAAGCCACGAAAGAUGAGGCGAAAAAGCAGCGUUUCCGGCAGAAAAUAAGCGAGUACAUGACCAGAGCUGAAGAUAUUAAAAAGCACAUUGAAAAAGAGAAACAAGAUGGCGAAUACCAUAAGCAGAUCAGGAUAGAGGAAAAUGCUACAGGUUUCAGUUACGAAAAGCUUUUCCAAGAGUACCUCACUGAGGUUGUGUCUGAAGUUUGGGUGGAAGACCCCUACAUCAGGCACAUUCACCAGUUGUAUAACUUCCUACGAUUCUGCGAGAUGCUAGUUAAGGGGCCGUGCAAAGUGAAAACAAUCCACCUCCUCACUUCCUUUGAUGAAGGUAGUGGGAGGAACCAGCAGAUAAGUGGCUUGGAAGAAAUACAACAAUCAUUGACGAAUUAUGGAGUAACACUGGAUAUUGUAUUUUCGUCUUCCAUACAUGAUCGAGAAAUUAGAUUCAACAAUGGAUGGAUGAUUAAAAUUGGAAGAGGUCUUGAUUAUUUUAAGAAACCAGAGGGUCGUUUUAGCAUUGGAUACUGUGACUUUGACUUGCGACCUUGUCAUGAGACAACAGUGGAUGUCUUUCAUUCUAAACAUACAAAGAAAAUGUGAUCGGAGAUGACUGCUUUUAAUGAGUGUUUUUAUAAGCAUAAAAAUGUAAGACUGGAAGAUGCUGCUUGAGCCCAACUGUCCACCCUCAGAAGCAACUCUUCUAAGUACUUAGUCCAGCACAGGUUUUUAUAAUCUAUAGGUUUAAGAAUAUUUGAGACUUUUCACUCUGAGAAAACACAGCUGUACAACUCGUCCAUUUUACUUCUCCUGGAAUCUUAAUUGGUACCAUCCAUGUCUAAAUUUGACCUUGAUUUCAUAACAGACCCUCAAUGCUGUCUCUCAAAGGCCUCUUUAUUGUCAUUUCUAUUUUCACUAUUAAUUUUAUCCUGAGCGAAUUUUUGGUUUUAUAUCUUUAAUUGACCACCUCACAAACAUUUGAGGCUGGGCUGCCACAUGUUCUUUUUUAUAAGCAGCCUUAUUUACUUCCUUUAAUUCCUGUAUUCUAAUCAUGAGUGUUAGAAUAACAAAACACUAUUCUGCUGUGUUUUGGUCAAUUCCAUAAUACCUGAUUUCACAGACUUUAUUAGUAACCCCAAAUCUAACAUUCCAUUUUCCAAGCUCCUUGCAUAUAAAUAUUGUAGUCUUCAGUAUACAGACAUUUCAGGAUCAUCUUAUGUGUCCCUGCAUGAUGGAUUUUGGGCUGGAAAAGAUGCAAACAGCUGUGUUAUUUUCCCGGUCAUUCCUAAAUAUUCCUUUAUUCCAUGAUGUAUGGUCACAUACCUGAUUUCCACCCUUUGCAUUAGGUGUGGAAAGGUUGUAUGAUCCUCUCCCAAUCUUCUUCCCUGACUUGCAAGUUUAAUGUACUUUCAGCUAGUCAUGCCAGUCUCAACUGCAGUAAGCUAUUUCCCUGCUACUAAGAUAGUCCCCUAAAAAAAUAAUUUAUUUUUAAAUUCUUGCAGAAGUAGGAUACCCUGAAACUUUCUUGUUGAUAAUGAUUCUAAGGAAUAUGCUAAUUGGAAAAAGGACAAAGUCUCUUACUGUCUUUCUUUCAUUCUUUGGGAACCAGAAAGUAUCACGUGACCUGCUGCUGCUUUUUCUUCUUAUACAAAAGUUCUUGAUCAUCAGCAAGAAUCCAGCAAAAUUGUAUAUUCUGGUAUAAAGAACAGACAGGGACUCUUUUGCAGGUGCCAUCAAAUUCUUUUCAACCUCAGGACUGAUAGGUGCCUUAUGCUUUCUGCAUCUUCUAAUACAAUACACCUCCAUAUUCUAGUAGCAUGGUCAUUGCUAGAACUUCCUCUCCUAUGUUUCUUUUUCCUUGUAGGUGCUGUAUUCCAUUAUUUUCAUUUUUUUUUUAAUUUGCUUUAUUCUUUUUUCACCUUCUGUCACCUAGUGCUGCUAUUCCAUUACUCUUGCCUCUAAUGCAACAAAACUAUUCCACGGCUAUCAAGAAGAAACAGAGCUGAUCUUUGCCUUGUUCUGUGGGCCACGGUUUGCCAGUGGUCUGCAUUCUUUACCUUUUGCAUUGUAAUGUCCCAGCUUUUCGGUGUUACAUCAGCAAAAAGAGUAACAUAAUGUGCCACAGAAGCCGUACAUUACCAGUCGGUCCCCACAAACAUUCCAGGAAGCUCCCUGGCUUGUUGCUGGGAUACUAGGUUUCUAGUCACUGUUGUCAAUUUUAUUCAGUUGUGUAUAAUAUAUGCCUAUUUUUAAUGGAAAUAAAGGUUAUUUUUUAUUA